AUGUCCCAGACUUGGAAGAAGACCUACAACGACACUCCACUCGUUUAUCCUGCUUCGACUGAAGAGGUCUCCGAGGUUCUCAAGAUCUGCCAUGUUAAGAGAAUACCUGUUACUAGCUAUUCUAGCGAGACUAGCCUUGAAAGGCAUUAUACUCCAACUUAUGGAGGCAUAUCUGUCAAGUUUUCUCGCAUGGAUAAAGUCUUGGCUGUCCACCACCAAGAUAUUGACGUCGUUGUCCAACCUGCUGUUCAGUGGCAAAAGCUCAAUGAGGACUUGAAAAAUGACAACCUCUUCUUUCCUCCUGACCCAGGUCCAGGCGCAAUGAUUGGAGGGAUGCUCGCCGCCAUCGAGCUAUUGGACGAUAAUCAAAUGGAGUAUUUGAACCACUUUGUUGGCGAAUCUGGUGUUAAGAGGAAUAAGGCUCCGACACUCUUCCUGAAGUUCGGUGGCACCCCAGAUGCGGUCAGAGAGCAAGUAAAAAUUGUCGAGAAGCUGGCUUCCAAAGCCGGCAGCUUAUCAUUUGACUUUGCAAGGGAUAAGAAGCAAGAGGCAAACCUUUGGUCUUCUCGCAGAGAUGCCCUUUGGGCGACAAUGAGCGUCAUGAAAGAGGGCGAUAAAGUGCUAACGAGUGACGUAGCCGUCCCCAUUUCACGCCUGCCUGAUGCUAUAGAGCAGGCUAAGGCGCACAUAACGGCUCUUGGUUUGGUCGGAUCCAUUGUUGGACAUGCAGGAGAUAGCAAUUUCCACACUAUUGCUGUUUAUAGUAAAGAACAAAGGGCACAAGCCGAGGAUUUCUUACACGCAAUGGUCGACAGAGCUCUGGAAAUGGAGGGCACAUGUACCGGAGAACAUGGCGUUGGUCUGGGUAAACGUGAUGCUGUCGUGAAAGAACUAGGAGAGGACACAGUGGCUGCGAUGAGACGGAUCAAGCUAGUAUUUGACCCUUUGUGUCUCCUCAACUGCGAUAAAAUCUUCAAAUCACAGAAGGAUAAUAUUUAG